GAAUAAUGAAUUUCAAGCAAUAAGAGCUAAAAACAAAAAAACCCUCCCGCUUCUAUAAAGUUGAACAGGCAAACCCAAUCUGAACACCAAAACAAAAAAAACAUGGCGCCAAAAAGAAACCAUUCCUCAAUCUUCAUCGGUAACUGCGAGGUUACGGUCGAAGCCAGCACUUUCACAUGCAAUUCUAGUUCCAACGACCUCUUAAUCUCUCUUCCUCAAAGUGGAAAGAUCAAAGUUUCUGUAGCGGUACAAGACGUUUCUGCGAACCGUAGAAACACUGCUGAGAGUUUUAGAUCUGAAAAAUCAGAACACGAGUUCAUGCUGCUUAAUCCGAAAGAUGUUGAUGAUAUUAGCAAAUCCUACCUCCAGGAAGUAUUGCAGAUGUACAUGACAGAGCUACCUGGAAUGAAUUAUGCCGCAAAUACUGGAAAACAAUCAAAGUUUCUUGAGAGAUGUGUGACUAAUGGGAAAUAUCGAACGUUACUUCUGAAAUCCAGUUUGGCUAGAGAUUUAGGAAAGGUUAUAGCUGCAAUUACUUAUCAAAUCAUCCCUGCAGAUACAGAAUAUGCAGAGAUCCCACUUGCAGCUGUCAAUGCAAUCUAUCAGCGGAAGGGUUUUUGUCAUCUAUUGUUUUUAGAGCUGAAGAAGAGACUUCAAAAUGUUGGCAUUCGCUCUAUUUUCUGUUGGGGAGACAAAGAAUCUGAAGGAUUUUGGCUUAAGCAGGGGUUUUCAUCAAUAGCAGAGGUGGAUACCAGAGGUAGAGCCCCCAGGUUACCUAUAAAAGCUGAUAUUCGCAAAACAUUAUGCUUACCCGGUGGUUCAACACUGAUGGUUUGCCACUUAAAGAAGGAAUUGAUAGAUGAUGAUGCUAACUCUGGGAAGCGUCUCCUCUCACUGCCUCAUCGAAACUCAUCUACACCUGCAAUCAUUGAAAAUGAGCAGUGUGAGGUUUCAGAUGAACUACUAAUUGAUUUUAUAUCUUCCCUUAGAAGAGACACAGCUCAAAGUAAACCUAAGGCUUUGGCAAAAGAUGGAUCUUCAUGGGGACAUGGAAAACUCAGUGGCCACAAUCCUAAGAACUGCUGCAAUGACACUGUUCCAUCUAACACAACAAAUUGUUCUCAAUCUACAAAAGUCAAGAAGAGGGCCUGGGAAGCCUCUUUAUCCUCGUUGAAGUCAAAGAGAGUGAAGGGAAGCCAGUUAAUUGACUGUCAAUCAGAUUCUUGUUAUGUGGAAGCCUCUCAUGGUGAUACUUUAAUCACAAAGAAGUCUGAAAAAUGUAUUGGAGACCAUAUGUAUUUCGAAGCUCCAAUCAACCUAAAAUCACCAUCAACUAAACAAUGCUUUAGAAUCAUGUUGAUGAAUAUAAAUGAUGAUGCUAAGAAAACACAGCUUGCAAAGGUGAUUGAAGACCUUGGUGGGACUGUUGCCGCUGAUGGAAGCACAGCCACACAUGUUGUCACAGGAAAAGUGAGAAAAACUCUGAAUUUCUGUACCGCUCUCUGUUCAGGUGCUUGGGUGGUCUCAUCAAGUUGGUUAAAAGAAAGUUUUCGCGCAGGCAGAUUUGUUGAUGAAUCACCUCACAUACUGAAUGAUGAGGAUUAUCUGUUGAAGUACAGAUUGGAUUUAAGAAGUGCAGUUUUCCGAGCAAAAGCUUGUCCCCGUGCUUUAUUUAAGGGGUAUAAUAUUUGUAUUGCAGCUAAUGUUCAAAGUCCUGCAGAAACUCUGUCUGCUAUUGUUAGCUCUGCCGGUGGUAAUGUUAUUAGUGGACUUGAAAAAGUAAAUGAAAUAUCAACAACGAUCUUUGUGACAUGUGAAGAAGAUAUAAAAGAAGCAAUGAUGGCUUCAAAGAAAGGUAUAAGAACUUUCAGUAGUGAGUGGUUUAUGAACUGUGUCAUGAGACAAGAGCUUGACUUGGAAGCCCCUCAAUUUGUGGAGUCCUUAUAAGUGAUGUUUACACGUCUUUUUGAUAUUUGUUAUAUAUGAAUAUAUCUGUAUUUAACAAUUUUUAUGUUUCAUAUAUAUGAAUUAGUUUUCUGACUUACCCAUCUAUAUCUCAAAUGAUGUUUCAAAAGAUAUUGUAAUUAUGCAUACGUUGGCUAUUGCAGUCAUUUUAGGAAUUCCUUGCAAAGAUGUUCA